AGCUAAUUAGUUAACGUCAUAAUCAAUCACAAUUGUGACAUGAGUCACAUGUGGUAUCCAGCCAUACACUAUUUAAACCCCCUUGAGCUAUAGCCAAUAUCACCAACAAACACAAAUUGUAAUUUGUUUUCACUUCAUUACAAUCUUGAUUAUAUCCGCAACAAUGACCACCACCUACCUCCUCUUCCUUCUUCCAAUUCUCAUAGCCACCAUCAUCACAUCUCCGGUAGCCGCAGCCGGUGGACAAUGGCGAGUACUCCAAAAAAGCAUCGGCGUUGUAGCCAUGCACAUGCAACUUCUUCACAACGACCGCAUUGCCAUAUUCGACCGUACUGACUUUGGCUUAUCAAAGCUUCCUUUACCCAAUGGAAAAUGUCGUCACGACCCGAGAGAAACCACGGUUAGAAACGAUUGCACAGCUCAUUCAGUCGAAUAUGAUGUAAAAUCUAACACUUUCCGUGCAUUGUUCGUUGAAACCGAUGUUUGGUGUUCUUCCGGAUCAGUGAAUCCCGUCGGAACACUCAUCCAAACUGGUGGCUUCAACGAUGGAGACCGCAAUGUUCGAAUCUUUGAACCUUGUAAUGGUUGUGAUUGGCGGGAAAUUCAAGGCGAACUUGGUGCUCGGAGAUGGUAUGCUACCAAUCAUGCUCUACCGGACGGCCGUCAAAUUAUCAUCGGCGGUAGACAACAAUUCAACUAUGAGUUUUACCCCAAAAACGGUGGUGCAAAUGUAAUUAACUUACCAUUUUUGGCUCAGACCAAUGAACCUGGUGCAGAGAAUAAUUUGUACCCUUUUGUUUUUCUCAAUGUGGAUGGCAACCUCUUCAUCUUUGCUAACAACAGAGCUAUCCUCUUUGAUUAUACUAAGAAUGCCGUGGUGAGACAAUUUCCACAAAUACCAGGUGGGGAACCUAGGAGUUAUCCAAGCACUGGUUCAGCGGUAUUGUUGCCAUUAAAUCUCCAAGCAAGAAACUUAGAAGCUGAGGUUUUGAUUUGUGGUGGAGCUCCAAAAGGAGCUUUUCAAAAAGUAGCAAAGAACGAGUUUGUCGGAGCUUUGAAUACUUGUGCCCGAAUUAAAAUUACCGAUCCAAAUCCAAGAUGGGUUUUGGAGAAAAUGCCCGGGGCUAGACUCAUGGGUGAUAUGAUAACACUUCCGAACGGUGAAGUUUUGAUUAUUAAUGGAGCAGCUGCGGGUGCAGCCGGGUGGGAAACCGGACGCAACCCAGUUUUAAACCCGGUUAUUUACAAACCCAAUAACCCAAUUGGGGCACGGUUUGAAUCACAAAACCCGUCUAAUACACCCCGAAUGUAUCAUUCUACUGCUAUUUUGCUUCGUGAUGGGAGAGUUCUUGUUGGUGGUAGUAACCCUCAUCGUGCUUAUAAUUUUGAAAAUGUGUUAUUUCCAACUGAACUUAGUCUUGAAGCUUUUUCGCCUACUUACCUCGAACCUAUCUUUGCAAAUAUUCGUCCGAGGAUUGUGUCUCCUACUCCAGCACAAAAAUACGGUCAAAAGUUGGAGGUUCAAUUCGAGGUGCAAGCAGCAUUGGAUCUUAAUGCAGUACAAGUUACAUUGUUGGCGCCGCCGUUUAAUACACACUCAUUCUCCAUGAAUCAAAGAUUGUUGGUGUUGGAGUCAGGCAAAGUGGCUAAUGUGGAAAAAAACAAGUAUGCAAUUGAAGUUACAAUUCCCGGUUCACCCAUUCUUGCACCUCCUGGUUUUUAUAUACUAUUUGUGGUUCAUAAAGAAAUUCCAAGUGAAGGUGUUUGGGUGCAAAUUCAUUGAUUUUCAAAUGUAACGAUGUGGUAAAUGAUAAAUUCAUUUAUACAUUGUCAAAAUAAAUAUAUUUGGUUUCGUUUACAGAAUAAAUUUAUAAUUUUAAAGGGGCUUUGUUGUUGUUUUUUUUUUAAUCAAAGGUGUAUAUGUUAUUCAAAUGAUUGGUUUACCAUUAUAUAAAAUGCUCAUAUUUCUUUUUAUA